UCCCGUAUUUAAGACGCUUCCGCGUCCACAAGCCGUGACACUCGGCCGGUUGACUGAGGAUGCGGUUCUCCUCCAUGCUCGCGGCUCCGGUGCUGCUGCUGCUGCUGCUGCAGCUCUGCAUCGACACCCUGAGAAACAUCUAUGCGCGCGUCUUUUUAAAAGGGAGGAUACCCGAAGCCCGUAGGGGAACACUGUCCUCCGUGGCACCUGUUGACGGAGGAGUGCAGGGCCAAGGCAGAGCCCAAGAUGCGAUGACUCCAACUAGUGUCAACUAUCAUUUCACACGCCAGUGUAAUUACAAAUGUGGAUUUUGCUUCCACACGGCAAAAACAUCCUUCGUCCUGCCUCUGGUUGAAGCCAAGAGGGGCCUCCAACUCCUGCAGGCAUCAGGCAUGGAGAAGAUCAACUUCUCUGGAGGAGAGCCUUUCUUGCACAACAAAGGAGAAUUCCUGGGGAAAUUAGUUCAGUACUGCAAACAGAACCUGCAGCUCCCGAGCGUCAGCAUUGUCAGCAACGGGAGCAUGAUCAAAGAAACGUGGUUCCAGAAAUAUGGUGACAAUCUGGACAUCCUUGCCAUCUCCUGUGACAGUUUUGAUGAAGCCACCAACCAGCUGAUUGGCAGAGCUCAGGGGAAGAAGAGCCACGUUGACAACCUCCACAAGAUCCGCACCUGGUGCCAGGAGUACAAAGUGGCGUUCAAAAUCAACUCGGUCAUCAACACCUUCAACGUGGACGAAGACAUGACGGAGAACAUCCUCCAGCUCAACCCGGUCCGCUGGAAGGUAUUCCAGUGUCUGCUGAUUGACGGGGAAAAUGCAGGAGAGGAAGCACUGAGAGAGGCAGAGGGGUUCGUCAUCAGCGAGCAGAUGUUUCAGGACUUCCUGGAAAGACACAGCAGCGUUCCCUGCCUGGUUCCGGAGUCCAAUGAGAAGAUGAGGAAUUCAUACCUGAUCCUGGAUGAAUAUAUGCGUUUCCUGGACUGUCGAGAGGGACGAAAGGACCCGUCCAAGUCCAUCCUGGAUGUUGGCGUGAAGGAGGCCAUUUGCUUCAGUGGCUUCGAUGAAAAUAUGUUUCUGAAAAGAGGAGGGAAAUAUGUGUGGAGCAAAGCCGACAUGAAGCUGGAGUGGUGAAAAUCAGAUUCACGUUCCCUGCGUGAUUCCACAGAUAUUGUACAUGUUCAUUUUUUUAUUUGUAUUUGUGUUACUUUUAAAACUCACUCCACGCUUAUGGAUGUUGAAAAAGAGUGUCAACUUCAAAAUCCAAAUGUUUGCACUUAAAUAAAUAAAUAUAUAUUUAUAUAUAUAUAUAUAUAGUGUUGUAUAUGAUGUGAGGUUCUGAUUUAAUAAAAAUAUUUA